AUGGAUCAGGUGUUUGACUAUGACGUUGCCUCCCAGUUGCCUCCCUCAACUGCCCAGUGCCUCUUCAUCUCCGGUAACAGCACACUGCUAUCCUUACCAGCUUCCCGUGUGGCAGGUGCCAUCCUCCUUGGGGCUGCCACCCUCCUGGGGCUACCAGGAAAUCUCUUUGUGGCCUGGAGCCUGCUGCGGUGGACACAGCCUGGGUGCCGCUCUGUCACCGCUGUGCUAGUGCUCAACCUGGCCCUGGCCGAUGGCACUGUUCUCCUCCUCGCACCCUUCUUUGUGCUCUUCCUUGCUGCUCGGUCUUGGCUCCUUGGUGAGGUGGCCUGCAAGACUCUCUACUACAUCUGUGGCCUCUCCAUGUAUGCCAGUGUUUUCAUCAUCACCCUUCUCAGCCUUGACCGCUGCUUGGCUGUCUACCAGCCAUUCCUCUCCCUCACUCUACGGAGGAAGGCUGUGGCCACCAAGGCCUUGGUGGCCACGUGGCUGGGGGCUGCCAUCUUGGCCUUGCCAGCACUAGUCUACCGCCAUGUGGUACCAGAUCCAGCUGCACCAGGCCAGCUCUGUGAGCCAUGUCAUGGCCAUCCUGCUGCAGCUGUCUUCCACCUUGUCUUGGAGACAUCUGUGGCCUUUGUGCUGCCCUUCAUCAUUAUUGCUGGCAGCUAUGCUGCCAUCCUGGUGAGGCUGCGAGGUCGGCCGUGGCGCCGCGGCAGUCACACAGGGAGGGUGGUUGCUGCUGUGGUGCUCUGUUUUGCUGCUCUGUGGUUGCCCUACCAUGUGGUCAAUGUCCUGCAGGUCAGCUCCAGUGUGGCCACAGGCCAGGCAGCUGAGAGCCUGGGCCAGGCCUGGAAGGGUGCCCGGGCUGGGGCCACUGCCUUGGCCUUCCUCAGCAGCAGCCUCAACCCCAUUCUCUAUGCCUUUGCUGCAGGACACCUUAUUCAGUCCUCUGGGGCCAACUUCCUUGCCCGCUUCUUUGAAGGCACCUCUGGGGACCUCAAUAGGAAUCAACCAGCCCAGGGACACCCAGCAAUGCACAUGAUGGGAACUCCUAUGUAGUAACUUUAAUUACACUA